AUACCAUGUGGUGCUGAAGGGAGGUGUUAAUCUUUAGUUUUUGCAGUGACAACUGGGCUAGGUCAUUCCAGUAGGUGACUUGGGAGAGCUCACACACAUUCCUGCAACUGGUUCAGCAUUUAUUUUGACAAAAAGACUCUGAAAGAUGCAUAAACAAUAUUCAUCGGUGAGCCCCACCGAAGACUGUGUGAAGACUCAGAAUGGACCAAAGAAAUACCGCUACAUACGCAAAGAAGGCAGCUGUAACGUCGUGUUCCGCCAUGUUCCAGAGGAGUGGCUGCUGUUUGUGACAGACAUCUUCACCACAUUGGUGGAGAUCAGAUGGAGGGUGAUGUUCCUCAUCUUUGCCCUGUCUUACAUCCUGUCCUGGCUCUUCUUCGGCAUCCUCUACUGGGUCAUCGCUCUGGCUCAUGGUGACAUGAAAAAACACACAAAUGACAUCUGUGUGUACGAGGUGCGCAGCUUCACAGCUGCUUUCCUCUUCUCGCUUGAAACUCAAACAACCAUUGGCUACGGUUUCAGAGGAAUGUCUGAGAACUGCAUGACAGCCAUUAUCGUCGUCACUGUACAAGAUGUCAUCAGCUGCUUCAUCGACACAUUUGUCAUCGGAAUUGUUGUCGCCAAAAUGGCCUCGGCCCGAAAGAGGGCGCAGACGGUGGGUUUCAGCAACUGCGCCGUCAUCAAUCUUCGUGACGGCUACUUGUGUCUUUCCUGGAGAGUCGGGGACUUCCGCAGAAACCACCUGGUGGAGGGGACGGCUCAUGCACACAUUGUCCGCUCCGUGGCGCAUGCCACAGGGAAUACAGACGUGAUCUUUGAAGAUCUGGUCAUCCAGCAGAGGGACAUCGUCCUCGUCACACCUACCACCAUCGUCCACAGGAUAGAGCCCAGCAGCCCACUGUACAAGAUGAGCUUGGUAGAUCUGCGGAAAGCAGACUUUGAGCUUGUGGUGUCUUUUACCUACACGGACGACUCCACAGGUAUGCUGCAUCAGACCCGAACCUCGUACACUCCAAAUGAAAUCCUCUGGGGUCAGCUGUUCCAGGAGAUGAUCAGAGUCAGCAGGAGGCACUACAGGGUGGAUUACAUCUUGUUCAAUCACACCACUAAGGUGCAUGUACCUGAGGUCAGCACCGAGGAGUACGAACACAAGAAGCAGCUGCGGCCGUGUCCACAACAUUCACCUAGAUCUUACCCACUCCCCUCUGCAGGGUCACAGCAGCAAAAUCAUCAGGAAAAUCUUCUGAAACCCCCAAUGGUAACUGUGGAACUUGUGAAUGACACUCACCCUGAACCAACUUGUUCAACAUCUCAAGCAGACAAUCAACAUCAAGACACUCCGACUCUGCCAAAUGACCUUACCAGUCAAGAUAUAUAAAAGUAUCAAAGAAACCACUGCUAAAAAUGAAUACUGGAUGCUACAGAAUCUCAUUCACAAAUAUUCUACCGUCAUAGUUUAUCAACAUUAAGAGUCUACAGCCACACUAGUAGCACUGUGAGGCUGUACUUAGGAAAAGCAGUGCUUUGAACUACAUGCUGACGUCAGCAUGCUAACAUGGUCACAGUGACAACGGUUAUAUUCUGAUGUACAGCAUCACAACCACAAAAGGAAUUCAGACUGAUGAAUGAACGGGCACUAGUGGUGUAACAGAUGGUAGUUGAUCCGUGUUCAGCACGGGCGAGAGACUAAUUUAAAAGCAGCUGAUUUGAAACCCUGUUGGCUGUGACUUUGGGCAUUUUCAGUGAUGUAACUGGGACACAGGGCAUAGUUGUCACCAUAGAAAUAAAUCAUAAGAUUGUGAUGUUUAUUGCCGCUUCAUUAAUUAGAGCCUUUAUAAAUUUAUUUAACCUAACUUUUUUUUUCUGAUUUGAAAAAUGAUCCGAUCCGUGACUCAAAAUGACUUUUCAAUCCAAUCCGUAAGUUUUGUGAUCCGUUGCAACCCCCAGGGAGGGCAAACUUACAAACUUAUGUGAGGAUAUGAGAGAUGAUCCCAGCAGCUGUGCUCUUCGAGCAUUGACACUACAAGACAGCCACCUCUUCAGCCUACAGGCAGGUUUGAUACACAAAAAAUAAAUAGUUGGUGAGAGUGUCACUUUAAACAUUUAAAUACAAUAACAAAGAAUACAAAACCUAUAACGUACAGAGAGAAGUAUAGUUUUAAUAAAUUAGGUCUCUAUAGGAUGAGGACACCAAGGAUGAUAAGUAGGGUCAGUGGUUCUAAUGCAAUCCAAUGUACUUUUUGGCCAAUUCAGCGAAUCUCUAUUGCAUUCUGCCAUAUUGCCCAGUUGGUAGUGUCUGUAUGUACCCAAUCCGUACUGCCUGCCGGAUCCCUUUCUGCACAUGAUCAAAAGUGGUCCUGUCCAUCAAAGAAGGUUACCACAAUUGUGUCUGUUCAUAAUUACUCAUGUGUUGUUGUCUGUUGUCAUCUCAGGCCAUCAAAUACUGAUGCUUUCAAGGCUGAGAAAGCGUUAAUUGAUGCAAAAGGUACCCUUCAACGUCCGUAUGAGACGCCCCCGGGCAUUUUGUUAUUGAUAUUUAGUUGGAUCAUUUUGAAUAGACAGAUUUGCGAUAACCUUCUUUGACCACUUUGUGAACCACUUUUGCGCGUGUGCAGAAUGGAUCCGGCAGGCAGUAUGGAUUGGGCACCGACAGUGUCAACUUGGCACUGUGCAUCAAGGAAGUUGAGGGGCGGAGCUUCUGAAGGAGCACUGAAGGGAGGGGUGUAUUUGUUUGGCUGUCGAGUUGAACUAUCAGAACUCUUCCUCCUCCAGAAUCGCAGACCCCACCUUUAAAAUGUUAAGAGAAAUAGAAAUUUGAAUGUUUGUACUGACACUACUGGAACACUACUGGGCAAUCAGCUGAGGAAGAUCAUGUGUACCGAAUAGUCCUUGAUAUUAUGUGAAAAUAAAAUACAAUUAGACCACACUUUAGAAUGUGCAUGGCACUUAUGUAAAAAGGUUUCAUUUUAUUCUUUAUGUUAGAUCACUUUGACACACUACUGGGACAUAUUUUUGAUGCAAAUAUUAAGUCUACUGCUGAUAUAAAUGAACAGAAAUCAUAGGGGGGACUACAAGUAUUUCCCUAAUAUGAGUCAAACUUUAUAUAGAACAAAUGUAAAAUGUUAAGUUUUCUUUAUUUUUGUGGUGGUGGAAUCCCAUUUGUGUAAUAAGUAAAGAUAUUCAUAACCAGUUCAAACUUUUCAUAUUGUCUUAGAUUUUUGUAAAUGACAAACUAUAUUUUACAUCCUCAAAUCUUUUAUGAACAUGAAGAAUAUGAGGAUCUGUUGUAACAGACUAAACAAAUGUAUACUAAUUUUGUUGAAACAGUGUCAUCAAGCAGGAUUCAAUAAAGUGAUGUUUAAAUGUC